ACUUCCUCCUUCAGUCUUCUGUGUUACUGUAUUUAGGGAGUUUUAUUCAUACCACUAUUGACAAUUUCCUGGACGCUCUUUUGUAUCAUGCACGUUAUUGAAAGUUGAAGGGAGAACAACAAUGCAGAACGUCAAGUGUGUUGUAGUUGGAGAUGGUGCCGUUGGGAAGACCUGCCUCCUGAUUUCCUUCACCACCAAUGCCUUUCCUAAAGAAUACAUCCCCACUGUUUUUGACAACUACAGCUCACAGCUCACUGUAGACUCUAAAAUAGUCAGUCUGAACCUGUGGGACACCGCGGGACAGGAGGAGUACGACCGUCUACGAACUCUCUCCUACCCACAGACCAAUGUCUUCAUCAUCUGCUUCUGCAUCACCAAUCCCUCGUCCUAUGAGAAUGUCAAGCUAAAGUGGUACCCCGAGGUGUCAGAACACUGUCCUAAUGUGCCCAUCCUGCUGGUGGGGACUAAAAAGGAUCUGCGAGAUGAUCCAGAGGUGCUGCAGAAGCUCAAAGAGAAGAACCUCUCUGUGGUGUCCCAGCAGCAGGGGGUGGCGCUGGCCCGACAAAUCCAGGCCAGCAAAUACAUGGAGUGUUCAGCGCUCAACCAGGACGGGGUGAAGGAAGUGUUUACAGAAGCUGUUCACGUUUUCCUCAACCCCAAAUCCCGAGCCCCCAAGAAAUCAUGCGUGCUACUAUAAAUGGGACAGGAUCUGAACAUAUGUAUUUUUGUAUGGGGUAUUUGUUUUAUCACAUGUACAAAUA